UUUUAUAUACAAAACUUUCAAAUCGUUUGAUGUUGUAAAAUUAAAUUAUUUUUACAUCAUAAAUCUCUUCGAUAAACAUUUUUUUCAAUUUUCAUAACAAUAACCUUUGCUCCAUUUCUUGUUAUGACAAGGCUGCCAAUUUUUCUAAGUAAUGUCAAUGCUACCAACAAUUUUUCACAUAUACAGAUACAUUCAGAUUCUUCAAAAGCUGUGUAAGAUAUGACUUCAUUACUAAUCAUCGCGUCAGCACAUUAUCGUGUGAUUCGUCGUUUAUUAAUAUUUAUAAUACAAUAAUUAUUGUAAUUCUCAGAUUCUAAAGUUAUUCGAGAAACUUUACCAAUCUUUCUGAGUGUUUUUUUAAUAAAAAUCAUAAAUGGAGUUUAUUUACAGUGAGUUUUGAUUGUGUCAAUGCACAAUGGCAGAGAGUAAAAUAGAGAAAGUUUGUCAUAAUUUAAUCAGUAGACUUGCUAAGUUUAAAUGAAAAUUGAAUGUUAGUUAUCCUGGAAUGUAAUAGGAUGUAUAGUUUUGAAGGUGAUUACAGGCGUAAGCCUCAGCAAAAUUUAGCUGGUGCUAGCAAAAGAAAUGAAAAAUCAGUGCUUCUACAACAUGCUCAACAUGAGAGAAUGAAAAGAGAAGAAUUUCGUCGAAGAAAUAAUGCUGCUGUAAAGAUUCAAGCCCAAACACGAAGUUAUUUAAUUAGGCAAUUAAUGAAAAAAAAAUGCAGACAAGAAUUUGAUUAUGCUAAAUCAUUAAGUAAUUCUAAAUUUCUCAAUGCCACUACUCUUGUGCCAUUCACCAGUACUCUUUUGUUUUUUUACAACCCAGUAGAAGAUUCAGCGAGACUUAUUUGGCUAUUAGAACAAAUAUUGAUAAAUAAAAAACAAAUCUUCAGUAUUGUUGGUGAAUGGUCAUGGAGAAUUAAAUGGAUUUUGAAGAAUAGUCUAGAAUUUAUUGCAAAUGACAAUGGUAGUUGUUCCACAGCAAUACCUCUCAAGAUAUUGGAAUCAUUUAUAAUAACAUGUGACGAAAGUUUAGAUGUAUCAAAGAAAGAUAUUUAUUUACGAGAUGUUCUUGAAUAUCUAGUUAAACAUUCAUACUUUGGGCACUUAAAGAAACUUCUUGAAAAUCAAUCCCAAGUAUCAUCUUCAAUGCCAUUAACUCCAAGAGUAAAGUGUUAUUUGAGUCUUCUCAAAAAACCUUUAGAACUAUGUUUAGGAAACAAGGAAUUUUGUGUACCUGUACUCAAUGAAUUUAUUUUUACAAUUCUUAUCCCAAGGAUGUCUGAAUCGUUGAGACUGUUUUUGAUACCAGCUUUAACAGAACUAAAUAAUUGGCCUUAUUUUGAAUUAUUGUGUUGUAUUAAUAAGCUCGAUAACAUUGAGCUUACUCCGAAUUUAUUUUACUCUGUUUUAUAUUUAGAACCAGCAAAUUUUUCUCUAACAAAUGAUACCAUUUUUAUAAAUUAUGUACAAGUACUUGCAUCAUUGAGUUCUACUCAAAAAACAUCAUGGAAUAUAGUAGAAUGUGUUGCAGGAGAAUUCGAAGAAGAAGAUAAUAUGUCUUCAGAUAGUGAGACUGUAAUGGUAGAUCAACAUCAAGCAGAUAUGCUGAAAGAAUGCAUGACAAUGUUAAAUGAUGAACAAAGGGUGAAUCGUAUUCUAACAGCAUUAGAUCGUUGUGAAGAUCCGCAAAUUCUCGACUAUCUCUGUCAGCUUUGUGAUAAUUUAUUACAAACUGAUAAACUUGCAACUCACAAAUAUAAAUUAAUUUAUAUGCUCGCAUUCAAGCCACUAUUUCUAAAACGACUAUGGACUGCAUUAAUUUCAAUUCCAUGUCUUUUACAAAUGAUUUCAAGAGGAAUUGCACCACCUCCUGAAGAUUCUAAAAAAUUAUCACCACUCUUAGCUGUGUUUUGUUCACUAUUUAGUCUUCUUAUAGCGACUCUUCAUGAUAGUGAAUUCUUCAGAGAAAGCAAUUCAGAAAGUGAGCAGAGUGCAAUGCCAUUUACAACUUCGGAACUCGUUCCUUUAUCUGCACAGUUAAAGGACAUCUGUUUGGGACUUGUUGAAAUAGCAUACUCUGAUUUAAGACCAGCACUUCGUGAUGAUAAUAUGCGUGCAAUUCUGGGUUCCAUGAGUAGCAAUGAGGUUAUACCAUUAAAUAAACAGGAUACUCAGAUGUGGAUGUAUUUAUUCAAAGCUUAUUCAGAUCUUCUAAGACAAUUACAUUCAAGAGACUUACGUAGACAAUUUUGUCCAGAUGGUCAUUGGAUUAGUCCCAAGCCUGAACUUGAUUUAGUUUUACAGAGACGUCGAGGAGUUACGGGAGUGCUGUUGAAAUCAGGCAAAGAUGCUGCUAAUGGUCCGCCAUUAUCAACUAAAGAAAUCAGAGCACUGGCAUUACUUCGAAAGGUACCGUUUAUUGUACCUUUCAGUGACAGAGUCAUGGUUUUGCAAUCUCUUAUACAAAAAGACAAGUCAGAACAACAAGGUGAAUUAACUCACUUUAUGCAGGGCCCAUCUAUUCAUAUAUUUGUAAGGAGAAAUUAUUUAUACGAAGAUGCACUUGAGAAAUUAUCUCCAGAAAAUGAACCUGAACUUAGAUUACAAAUGAGAGUUCAGCUUGUUAAUACUGCUGGAGUUGAAGAAGCUGGAGUAGAUGGUGGAGGAUUAUUUAGAGAAUUUUUAUCAGAAUUAUUAAAGACGAGUUUUGAUCCUAAUCGAGGAUUUUUUCGGCUUACAAAAGAUAACAUGUUAUAUCCAAACCCAAAGGUUCAUUUACUCGUUGAUGAUUUUCCAAAACAUUACUACUUUAUUGGAAGAAUGCUUGGAAAAGCUAUUUAUGAGAAUCUUUUAGUAGAAUUACCUUUUGCGGAAUUCUUUCUAUCAAAAAUUGUUGGACGUCAGUCUGAUGUUGAUAUUCAUCAUCUUGAUUCUCUUGAUCCUGUAAUGUAUCGAAAUUUACUGUAUUUAAAAAGUUAUAAAGGUGAUGUAACUGACCUUGGUUUAGACUUUACAGUUUUAUCAGAUGAAUUGGGAGAAAGAAGAGUAGAUGAAUUGAAACCCAAAGGAUCCCAAAUACCAGUCACUAAUACUAAUCGUAUUGAAUAUAUACAUUUAAUGGCAGAUUAUAAACUUAAUAAAGAAAUUAGACCUCAAUGUUAUGCGUUUAAGCAAGGAAUUGCUAAUGUCAUUCCACUGGAGUGGUUACAGAUGUUUAAUAACAAAGAAAUGCAAGUUUUAAUUUCUGGAGCACAAAUUCCCGUUGAUGUAGAUGAUCUCAAGCAGCACACCAAUUACACAGGAGGGUACGCACCAGAUCAUCCUACGAUCAUGGCAUUUUGGAGAGUUGUAGAAGGAUUUAGUAAUAAACAAAAGGGGCAGUUACUGAAGUUUGUAACUAGUUGUAGUCGACCACCUCUUUUAGGUUUUAAGGAACUUGAUCCACCAUUCUGCAUCCAUCAUGCUGGCACUAUUGAUCGCCUACCAACCUCCAGUACCUGUAUGAAUCUUCUCAAGUUGCCUGAAUUCCCAGAUGAAGUGACACUUCGUGAGAAACUUCUAUAUGCUAUCCAAUCGGGCGCUGGUUUUGAACUUAGUUAAAAAGUUCAAUGUCUUAUUAGAUAAUAAUUAAAUGUAAAUUUUGUAUAUUUUGAAUGUCAAUCAAACCUGAUUUAUUAUACAAUUCUGAAGAAGGGAUGGGAGAUAUGAACAUAUACGUAUCCAGUGUAUU